UGGCUCGGGAGCCCGAGCGGUGGCCGCGGAGCCAGGAGCUAGGAGCGCUCGCGGGAGCGGCCGGUCGCUCCGGUGCCCGCCCGCACUCCCGCACGCCCGGCCGGGGGCCUGCAGCGAGCAUGGGCGCGGCGGCCGUGCGCUGGCACUUGUGCGUGAUGCUCGCGCUGGGCGCGCCCGGGCGGCUGGCGGGAGGCAGCGGGCUUCCAGGGGCAGUCGACGUGGACGAGUGCUCAGAGGGCACAGAUGACUGCCACAUUGAUGCCAUCUGCCAGAACACACCCAAGUCCUACAAAUGCCUCUGCAAGCCAGGCUACAAGGGGGAAGGGAGGCAGUGCGAAGACAUUGACGAGUGUGAGAAUGACUACUACAAUGGGGGCUGUGUCCACGAGUGCAUCAACAUCCCAGGAAACUACAGGUGCACCUGCUUUGAUGGCUUCAUGCUAGCUCACGAUGGACACAACUGCCUGGAUGUAGAUGAGUGUCAGGACAACAAUGGUGGUUGCCAGCAGAUCUGUGUCAAUGCCAUGGGCAGCUACGAGUGCCAGUGCCACAGUGGCUUUUUCCUCAGUGACAACCAGCACACCUGCAUUCACCGCUCCAACGAGGGUAUGAACUGCAUGAACAAAGACCAUGGCUGUGCCCACAUCUGCCGGGAGACACCCAAAGGUGGGGUGGCCUGCGACUGCAGGCCCGGCUUUGACCUUGCCCAAAACCAGAAGGACUGCACACUAACCUGUAACUAUGGAAACGGAGGCUGCCAGCACAGCUGUGAGGACACAGACACAGGCCCCACGUGUGGCUGCCACCAGAAGUACGCUCUCCACUCGGACGGUCGGACCUGCAUCGAGAAGGAUGAGGCUGCAAUUGAGCGCUCUCAGUUCAAUGCCACGUCAGUAGCUGAUGUGGACAAGCGGGUGAAACGGCGACUACUCAUGGAGACAUGUGCGGUGAACAACGGCGGCUGCGACCGGACAUGCAAGGACACGGCCACUGGUGUGCGGUGCAGUUGCCCAGUUGGAUUCACGCUGCAGCCAGACGGGAAGACGUGCAAAGACAUCAACGAGUGCCUGGCCAACAACGGGGGCUGCGACCACUUCUGCCGGAACACUGUGGGCAGCUUCGAGUGCGGCUGCAGGAAGGGAUACAAGCUGCUGACGGACGAGCGGACCUGCCAAGACAUCGACGAGUGCUCCUUCGAGCGGACCUGUGACCACGUCUGCAUCAACUCUCCGGGCAGCUUCCAGUGCCUGUGUCACCGCGGCUACACGCUCUACGGGACCACCCACUGCGGAGAUGUGGACGAGUGCAGCAUGAACGACGGGAGCUGCAGCCAGGGCUGCGUCAACACCAAGGGCAGCUAUGAGUGCACCUGCCCACCAGGGAGGCGGCUGCACUGGAACCGGAAGGACUGCGUGGAGACAGGCAAGUGCCUUGCGCGGGCCAAGGCCUCGCCCCAGGCCCAGCUCUCCUGCAGCAAGGCAGGCGGUGUGGAGAGCUGCUUUCUCUCCUGCCCAGCCCACUCAUUCUUCAUGCCAGACUCAGAAAACAGCUACCUCCUGAGCUGCGGUGUUCCGGGUCUCCAGGGCAAGACGCUACAGAAACGCAACGGUACCAGCUCGAGCACUGGGCCCAGCUGCUCAGAUGCCCUUGCCACCCCCCUCAAGCAGAAGGCCCGCUUCAAGAUCAGGGACGCCAAAUGCCACCUGCAGCCGCGCAGCCAGGAGCAAGCCAAGGAGACUCUGCGGCAGCCGCUGCUGGACAACUGCCACAUGACUUUCGUGACCCUCAAGUGUGACUCCUCCAAGAAAAGGCGCCGUGGCCGCAAGUCCCCAUCUAAGGAGGUGUCUCACCUCACGGCGGAGUUCGAGGUUGAGGCGAAGACAGAAGAGGCUUCGGACAGCUGCGAGGCGGACUGCCUGCGGAGGCGAGCGGAGCAGAGCUUGCAGGCUGCCAUCAAGACCCUGCGGAAAUCCAUCAGCCGGCAGCAGUUCUUCGUGCGGGUCUCAGGCACCGAGUACGAGGUGGCUCAGCGGCCAGCCAAGGCCAUGGAGGGGCAGGGGGCGUGUGGCCCAGGCCGGGUGCCCCAGGACGGCAAGUGUGUGACCUGCGGGCCUGGCACCUACUUCAGCGGCGAGCUCGGCCAGUGUGUGCCCUGCACCCCGGGGACCUACCAGGACGUGGAAGGCCAGCUCAGCUGUGCUCCAUGCCCCAGCAGCGAUGGGUUCGGCCUGGCUGGUGCCCGCAACGUAUCCGAGUGUGGAGGCCAGUGCUCUCCAGGCUUCUUCUCGGCCGACGGCUUCAAGCCCUGCCAGGCCUGCCCCAUGGGCACCUACCAGCCAGAGCCUGGGCGCACCGGCUGCUUCCCCUGCGGAGGAGGGCUGCUCACCAAGCACGAGGCCGCCACCGCCUUCCAGGACUGUGAGACCAAAGUGCAUUGCUCCCCCGGCCACCACUACAACAGCAGCACCCAUCGCUGCAUCCGCUGCCCCAUCGGCACCUACCAGCCCGAGUUCGGCCAGAACCACUGUGUCACCUGCCCAGGCAACACCAGCACCGACUUUGACGGCUCCACCAAUGUCACACACUGCAAAAACCAGCACUGUGGCGGUGAGCUCGGCGACUACACGGGCUACAUCGAGUCCCCCAACUAUCCCGGUGACUACCCAGCCAACGCUGAGUGCGUCUGGCAGAUCGCACCUCCUCCCAAGCGCAGAAUCCUCAUCGUGGUCCCCGAGAUCUUCCUGCCCAUUGAGGACGAGUGCGGCGACGUCCUGGUCAUGAGGAAGAGUGCCUCCCCCACGUCUGUCACCACCUAUGAGACCUGCCAGACCUACGAGAGGCCCAUCGCCUUCACCUCCCGCUCCCGGAAGCUCUGGAUCCAGUUCAAAUCCAACGAAGGCAACAGUGGCAAAGGAUUCCAAGUGCCCUACGUCACCUAUGACGAGGAUUACCAGCAAUUAAUAGAAGAUAUUGUUCGGGAUGGCCGGUUAUACGCCUCGGAAAACCACCAGGAAAUUUUGAAAGACAAGAAGCUGAUCCAGGCCCUCUUCGACGUGCUCGCGCACCCCCAGAACUACUUCAAGUACACAGCCCAGGAGUCCAAGGAGAUGUUCCCACGGUCCUUCAUCAAACUGCUGCGCUCCAAAGUGUCCCGAUUCCUGCGGCCCUACAAAUAACUCUCCAGGAGCCACCCUGCCCAGGGGGACCCGGCUAUACCGAGGGGGCCAGGGUGGGGGGGCUCCCUGCCCGGGGUUUCCUGCCCUGUGCUGUGGAAGCUGAGAGGUGGCUCCAUGGGGCAGCCGGCCUCCUGGUUGCCUUGGGAAGUGGCCGUGGCACCUGCCCUUCAGGAAAGGCUGACCCCCUGGGGGGCCGAGACGUGCCCGGGUGGAGGCCCCACCCCACCACCCCUGCAAAAACCACCGCUAAGAACGUAUCCCCUGCUCUCUGCCUGCUGAUCCCCAGCGCCUGGGGGACCGCCGGGGCUGACGCAGGGCCCUGAGCGAGCAUCUGGACCCGGGAGUGCAGUGAACUGGGCCGACGGCUCAGGAGGGAGAGGAAGGCGGCUCCGGGAGGCUCAGGUCCACAUCGCCAAGCGGACAGGGAGCCAGGGCCGCGGGGGGUCUGUCCGAGGGUGCCGUCUGGCCAUGAGCACUGGGCACGGAGGCCACGCCGCCUGGCUCUAAAGGAUUCUGUGAUGGGACGAAAGAAGCUGCUAGGGGAGGAGAUAGUAGGUUUGUGCUUUUCCUGAUAGAGCAUCUAAUUAAGUACUAUAUAUAUAUAUAUAAAUAUAUAUCCUUCUAUUUGUGGGUACUUUAGAAAAUUACCUUUAGUAACUGUAAAUAUCAACCUCAGUCCCACCCCUUCUGCAAGCCAGUCAGCAUCACACCCAUGGCCGGCAUCCCUGAUGGUUAAACGGCUUCUCCAAGUGCUUGCACCCUCCAUCUUUGUGGGAUGGGAGCCUGCAGCUUCCCUCAGACACUCUUGAGCUCAGAUUCUUUGGGAAUUGAGCUCUGAUUCUUUGCUGGGGUGUGGCUUGGUCCCAGUCCCCUCGCUCGCAGCGUCCCCACCCCCAGAUGGGACAGGGUAGGGUCAGUUUCUCCUGGGGCCUUUCCUAGGGGCUGGGGCCUUGGAACAAACCACCGAUGGGGCCCUGUGUUCUGACCCCGAUGCAAGCACCUUAGGGUCCACAUUGAGCCUGCACGUCCCGGAGAAGCCAGGCCUUUCCUAGCGCAUGGAGGCUGUACCACAGGGCCUUGAAGCAGCUGGCCCCCUUUAUUCUACAGAUGAGGACAGCAACCCAGAGAGGGCAGGCAGCUGGCCCAGGGUCACACAGCAGGUCUCCAGGGAGGAGCCACAGCCAGUAGUUGGGAGGCCAGGGAGCCUGGUGGUCUCCCUGCUGCCCCAUGCCACCUCCCUCCCAGAGCUACCUUUUCACCCUUAAAUAAGAGAAUCUGGAGAUCUGACCAAGUUAGCCCAUGUCCUGCUCAGCCCGACCAGUGCCCGGGAUGGAGUUAGCUGAGAGGCCUGGGGUCUUCCUGGUUUUUGAGGCCUUGCUGGAAACAGCCUGUAUUUUCAAGUAAAACAAAUAUGAAAAUUCCAA